AGGCAAGUUUAUUUAUAUAGCAUAUUUCACAUUACACUAUGGCAAUUCAAAGUGAUUUACACUGAUAUGAAUUAAAAUCACUACAAAAUAAACAAAACAGUUAUAAAAGGAAUUAAAAAUAGAUAGGCUAAAAUGAUUCAGUUAUAAAAUGAAUUAAAAGAGUAAAAAUAUGAUCAUCUGGCAAAACACCGGUGUAAAAUGAUAGUGUUUAUUCAAGCUUAAACCUUCUGUGAUUGUGCUGUGAUUUAUCGGAGUGUUUAAGCGCUGCAUAUCCACAGAGACCUUUAAGCUCAUAAGAUAUCCCACUGCCUCACAUGACCGGCACGCAUGCAGAUGUCCCUUUAUUUAAGAAAUAGAUCUCAAAUUGACUAAAUUGAUUUUGUCCCCUUUUUGUAUUUAAUAGUGGGUCGGAUGGCAGCUCUUUUAAUGUGCAAAUGAGAACCAAUGAGGACAUACUCCUAAAUUCAGUUCAGACAGAGGCACUCAGCUGACACGUAGCACGUCACCGACGGGCUCAGCCAAUCACACCCCACCGAGCCCCUCUACUUUCCCAGGCACGCUCUCAAAGUUUUGACUUUUUGCAGCAAAAGACAGCAGGUUGAUGAAAAUGUUUUAUUAUCUUCCAGAUCUUCAUGUGAACUACCCAGAAAGACUCUCUUUUUAUUUAUAGAUUUUAAAACACUCUAUCUUUUAAAGGACGGCUCUCUGUUGUAGCAUGCCAUAUUUGCAAGCUCUGAAAGAAGGGUAUGGAUUUUGCCAGAGGAGAUGGGUUUGAAGCUUCGGUACAUCUGACUGGGAUUUUCUUUAGAGAAAUUACUUUUUGUCUGAAGGCUUGAGAUUGUGAGGUAGCCUGUUUUGUUUCGUUUUUCUUCUCGGUAGGCUAUUCUACGUCCGUGUUCACGUUUUUCUCCGGUCUCCACCGUUUUGCUUCUUGCGCAAUAUUUAGUUAAAGUUGUAGUUUCUUGGUUAUGUUAGCGGUGGGGCAAAUGGACGGGUCUCGCCAGAGCGCUUUCCUACUCAAUACCCCACCUUUAGCUGCUUUACACAGUAUGACCGAAAUGAAGACACCCCUUUACCCAGCCUACCCGUUAUCUUCCACUGGACCAGCAUCCUCCACUUCACCGACAGCUACCUCUCCGAAUCCAGGUGGUAUCCCCGUGUCGUCCCCGGGGAUCAAAACAUCCAGUGGACUUUCAGCUCUCGGAUCACACCAACAGUGCUCGGUCGCCACCCCUCACGGAAUAAACGACAUCCUCAGUCGCCCGUCGAUGGUCACCGGAAUGGCAGCGGCGGCAUCUUCUCCCGCUGGGAUCUUGUCCGGACUGCCCCGUUUCAGCAGCCUGAGUCCCCCGCCGCCUCCAGGGCUGUAUUUCAGCCCCAGUGCCGUGGCGGUGGCUCGCUAUCCGAAACCACUGACAGACCUGCCAGGCAGAACCCCGAUAUUCUGGCCUGGAGUCAUGCAAAGCCCGCACUGGAGAGACGCCAGAUUUGCAUGUUCACCACAUCAAAACUCAGUGCUUCUGGACAAAGAUGGAAAAAGGAAACACACUCGACCAACGUUUUCCGGGCAACAAAUUUUUGCUCUGGAAAAAACUUUCGAGCAAACGAAAUAUUUAGCUGGACCCGAGAGAGCGCGGUUGGCCUACUCUUUAGGAAUGACAGAGAGCCAAGUCAAGGUGUGGUUUCAAAACCGAAGAACAAAAUGGAGAAAACGACACGCGGCUGAAAUGGCCACGGCGAAGAAAAAACAAGAUUCAGAGACCGAAAGGCUGAAAGGGGCCUCGGAAAAUGAAGACGACGACGACGACUACAACAAACCUUUAGACCCAAACUCGGACGAUGAAAAAAUAACGCAGUUACUGAAAAAACACAAACCAAACUCAGCUCUUAUUAUCCACACAUCGGAAAACGAGAGCUCGUAAAGCGGAAGCGGGAGAUGGGUUGUCAUAUUCAUCAAGAAGUGACAAAAAUAAUUCUGUAGGCUACUGUUUUUCACCAAGUUUGAGCUCUGGUUUGAGAGGAAGGAUGCAAAUCAGAGGAAUAUGCACUAUUGGUGGAGCUGAACGUGCAUCAGUGUCUGCAAAGACACGUUUCAACUUAAAGACAACGGUACAUUUUUGUAAAUUAACAGCGUGAGUUGUAUCGCAUAGGCAAUUAUAUUACUGUGAAUAUUUAUGUGUAAAAUAUUUUGAAUAGUAAACAUGGCAGAAUUUGUUCACUUCGCCUCAGUUUAAUUUUUGGUUUAGGCUUUGUGAUUUGCAUUUUCAUAUUAAUUUGUAUAGGUGCUCAUAAUUAUUUUAUUUUUUGUCUAUGGGUAUAAGUUGCCAGCCCUUUUGGCCCUUAAAAAAUAAUCAACCAUGGAAACAUAGAAUCAUUUUUACCACUGAUGGUUAAAGACAUAAGCGACAGCCUCAAUUGAGGCUCAGCCAAAAAAAAAAAAAAAAAAGGCCAUAACAAGUGUAAAUAUAAACAAACACCUAACCAUAUAUUUGUAAUAUAAUGCUAGUGUUCGUCUCCCAAUGUUAGAAUGUUUCUUUAUUUUUUUUUCAUGAUUAAUUUAUGAUAUUUUAAGUUUGUAACAGUGUUUGAAUCCUGCAAAAUGCGCCUUGCAGGUUGUGUAUUGCACUUUUAUUUAAUAAAAUGUUAAACAUA